AUGCCUGCCGCCCACUCCGUUGAGAUUGUUGAUGCCUCAGUCCAUCCGGUUGCUGCUGCCCAAUCCGUUGCUGCUGCCCAAUCCGUUGCUGCUGCCCAAUCCGUUGCUGCUGCCCAAUCCUCCCUUGCUGCUGCCCAGUCCCUUGCUGCCUAUUCCCUCCCUGCUGCCCAGUCCCUUGAUGCUGCCCAGUCCCUUGCUGCUGCCCAGUCCAUUGCUGCUGCCCAGUCCCUUGCUGCUGCCCAGUCCCUCGCUGCCUAUUCCCUCCCUGCUGCCCAGUCCCUUGCUGCUGCCCAAUCACUUGCUGCUGCCCAGUCCCUUGCUGUCUAUUCCCUCCCUGCUGCCCAGUCCCUUGCUUCUGCCCAAUCCCUUGCUGCUGCCCAGUCCCUUGCUGCCUAUUCCCUCCCUGCUGCCCAGUCCCUUGAUGCUGCCCGGUCCCUUGCUGCUGCCCAGUCCAUUGCUGCUGCCCAGUCCCUUGCUGCUGCCCAGUCCCUCGCUGCCUAUUCCCUCCCUGCUGCCCAGUCCCUUGCUGCUGCCCAAUCCCUUGCUGCUGCCCAAUCCCUUGCUGCUGCCCAGUCCCUUGCUGCCUAUUCCCUCCCUGCUGCCCAGUCCCUUGCUGCUGCCCAAUCCCUUGCUGCUGCCCAGUCCCUUGCUGCCUAUUCCCUCCCUGCUGCCCAGUCCCUUGCUGCUGCCCAAUCCCUUGCUGCUGCCCAGUCCCUUGCUGCCUAUUCCCUCCCUGCUGCCCAGUCCCUUGCUGCUGCCCAAUCCCUUGCUGCUGCUGCAGUCUCGCUCUUCCUCUCUGUCCUCGCACGUGCUAAUGUUGUGGCCCUUUAA